AUGGAUAAAGAAGGUGUAACUAAUGUAACAGAUGACGAAGGUGCAGUCGGGGGAAUUCAUAGCAACGAAGAGACUGAAAAUGAAAACUUUCGAUGUGAACCGUGUUUUUUUGAAAAUGCUGAAGUAGAGGCAACAGCCUUUUGCAUGGAUUGUUCUGAACGUUUAUGUAUUAAUUGUGCCCGCGACCACAAAAGGAACAAAAUUUUAAGGACUCACAAGUUGCUGGAAGGUGGAGAAAUCCCAAAGGACUUAAAUGCAAUUAAACUUUUGAAACGCAUGAUGGCAUGUUCCGAUCAUCCCGAAACGGAUGUUACAUACAAAUGUGAAGAUCAUGAUAAGUAUAUUUGUGUAACGUGUUUAGCAGAAUGUCAUCGGAAAUGUAACGAGGUGAAUGAAAUCUCUCUGAUAACCUCCCCUGGAAAUGAAGACAGGUGUAACGUUUUGAAAGAAUCACUAUCGCAACUUCAAGAAUACACAGCCACUUCCAAAAGCGCAUCUGAAGAUAAUAAAAAAAGUCUUCAUUCACAACUUCCAGCGAUACAAAAGGAACAACAAACACUUUUUGACAGCAUUUAUGAAGAACUGUCUCAAAGAAAAAAGCAGCUUGAACUAGAAACGGAUGAGCUUGUGACGAAAGAAUUGACUGAAAUUGAAGGAAAUCUACAAAUGUAUAAUGAAGCUGAAAAAGAAGAGCAGGAAUAUCAACGGUUACUUGACGUCACUCUAAAAUGUGGAAAUGCUAGGGAAGUAAAUGUUAUACCAGAUUUGAUCUCGAGAAAAUUAAAGUCACUCAAAGAGAGCAUUGGGACUAGAUACAAAAAAGAACGAGCAUUUCUUAAAUUUGACUGUAGUGUGGAUUUGAAACCACUAAUAAAAUUAGGACAAGUGUCUGUCAUAUAUACUGACCAAGUAAAGCUAUCAGACUCUAAUGACGAGCAUCGUCUUUCAAGCGAUCAGAUACUUGAAAGUGAGAAAGUGUCAAAUGAAGUGACAAAAUCAACAGCAGACAAUACUUCUCUGCAGGGCAAUAUAACAAAACACUUUGAUGAAAUUCCACAAACGUUGGAACAAACGAGCAUUUCUACAGAGCAAGGAGUUCAGAGUACGUCAAACACAAAGCAGAAAUCACACCCACCUAGCUUUAUGAAACGAAGCGUCGGAAAUCAAUUCAUUUCUUAUACUGGUAGGUGCCAAGACGACAGUUUUCCAUGCGCAGUCUAUGCCAUAGUUAUAUUACCCGAUGACCGGCUAGUUCUUAUUGAUCACGAUAAUAUGAAGUUAAAAGUCCUUAAGGAAGAUUUUUCUCCUGCUUUUACAUUUGGGUUUAAGGAAAAACCUUUAGACAUGUGUCAUGUUUACGACAUGACAGUUGCAGUAUCUCUGAUAGACGGAAAGGAAGUCAACAAAUAUUGUAUCGGCAAAUCACAUGUUUCUUUCACAGGGAAAUUUCCAACAAAGUUCGUAAUAGAUGCUCUGGAAAGGUUUGGAAAUGACAAGAAAAUUGCGAUUCUUUUUUAUGACGAAACAGGUACACGUAUUGAACGUUCUAUCAUUCAGAUUAGAGACGCGGAAAAUGGUCGUAUUCUGGAAACAUUAUAUUUGGAAAAAGCUGGGGUUACAUUGACGUUAAAAGACGGUGCCAAACGUAUGUUGUGUCGGGGAACAAGUGAAGUAUUCGUGUCAGAUCUUUCGAAGUUUCACUGCUUUGAUAUAGAUAUGACUGUCGGUUGUCCCACCCAACAGUCUGAUACUAAUUAUAUUCAAGAAUCUUGGUUCUAUAAAAAUCGCAAAGGGAGUUUUUUGAAAGACAUUUCUGAUUUAGCCACAGAUGAAGAAGGAAACAUCUAUGUGUGUGGUUUAGAAUCUAACAAUAUUCAUCAGAUUUCAUCAGACAAUUACAGAGAAAACAGAAUAAUCCUCAACAAUAUCAAAAAGCCUCUUUCGAUAUCUGUACACAGCAAGAAAGGCUACUUGGUUGUCGCGUGUUUGAGAGAUGAUUAUAUUCAUGUUUAUCACUUUGGUUAG